UUGGAUCACCUGUUCCACGCAUUCAGCGGAGGUAAUUAAUGAAUGAUAUCCCGUCUUACUGAGAAUUCUGAUCGUGGCAAAGAUUUCUCCGAGAUUGAACUCUUGGGCAUGUGCUCGAGCUCGGUUACUUGUUGUUGUUAUUGUCGUGGCACACCCGGGCUUUGGAUCAAGUAGUGCGAGUCUCCCUCGGGCUUCAACUUCAGCUUUCUUCCUUACCUCUCUCCUUCCAUUCGAAGAUUUCACCCAACGUUUCUCAUCAUAAAUGCUAAAGGUCAUGUGGCCUUAGAAGUUGGAGAUGAAGUCCAGCCCAAGUCCAGAGCGACGCCUCACUGGAAAGUAUCGGAUCGGAAGAGAAAGAAGGGAACAAGGCGGCCGGAAAAAAUUGCACGAAUACGUCGUCGCGGUCGUCUUUGGGCAAGUGGAAAUGUGGCUGUUGUAUGUAUUCAUGGUGUUGGCACUUUUUGUGGUGAAGACUCAAACAUUGAAGGAGAUCAGGUAGUGAUCCAAUAUGACUACGUUCCAAUCAACAUACGAGAGUGUCGAAACUUUUGAAUCUGUGACCACCACGAAAACGUCCCGGAGGUCAUCCAUCCGUAGCCGGAGAUCCUCUCGACGAAGUUCCAAUGUCGCACGAAAGGAGUCGUCCAACCCAGGCAAAACCAAAUCUGUCAAAGUUAAACCUAAAAUCAACUUGGAGAAGCUCGAACCGCCCAUUUGGUCCAAUCAAUCGCCUUUCAACGACAAGAUCUCACCGAUGAAGGUGUCCCUUGAGGAUGUGGACGAACUCAUUGCCUCUUUGAGUGCGGCAGAGAUUGAAGAACUGGCUCUGGUCGAUCCCGAUGAUUCGUCCAUGCCACCGUCAAUGCGAUGCUUGUACAAUUGUGAAAAGGAUGCCACAGGCGACAUUGAUCGGUCGGCCAUGUUGCGUGAUCUCCACGAGAAGGCCGUCAAGACUCCAGAUAUUGAAGACCAAGUCAAGUUCGUGCCGGGACUUCUUCGUGGAAAGAAGUUUGUUCCGAAAGAAGACGAUACGAUCAAUUUAAAGGAAGAUAUGAGCGAAAAUGCCGCCCAAAUGGACGAGAUCCAAGAUGUGGAGCUGUCGACUUUGUUGGAGAAUGCGGCUGAAUACGACGAAUACAUAGCCAAUGCAACUGAUCUUGAGCUUCGAGAGGUGGCUGACAUAUUGGGAUUGACUUAUCAAAAUGAUUGCUUGGCCACUGAACUGAAGAGGUAUCCGGAUCCACCACCCAAUGACUCAAACGUUAACGAGAUCAUUCAACGAGUUCAAAGCAACGAUCCGGAUUUGAUUGAGAUCAACUUGAAUAAUAUCAAGGGCAUUGGCGCCACUCAAUGGCAAAAACUUUUUGACGGCUUGGCUAAGAAUGACCACGUGGAAAGCCUGACUGCAGCCAAUUGUGAUAUCUCGGACACGAUCGCCCAGUUGAUUUGCGAGUGUCUCCAUGCGAAUCAAAGUUUGCGCUUCUUGACCUUGGACUCGAAUUCAAUAUCCGGCGAGAUGAUCCUUAAACUCAUCCAGGCCACCAGUCAAAGGAAGACUUUGGAAGAGCUGCGCGUCUCUAAUCAGUUGAAUUGCAAAUACUUGGGCAAUCGAAUCGAAACUGAAAUUUCCCAAGUGUUAUCCGAAACGCAGCAAUUGGUGAAGCUCGGAUUGACCAUGGAAUUCCGGGACACCUUGAAUCGCACAGCGGUCCAACUCCAGAGGAACUUGGAUCAAAGGCGACAAACAGAGCAACAGAAGAAAGUGACACUGCGUUUGGACCGAACGAAGGGACCGACCAUUGAGGAUGAGUAAUCCCAAAGACCGUUCUGAUGAGGCUUAAAGAUCGUCUUAACACUAAAACUAAACGUAUGGAUGUUCACUUACGAUAUAUGCACUUGAUAAGCGUGCCAUACAUAGAUUCUGUACCAGAUAGUUCGAAUGAAAAAGAGACAAAUGGGAAAAUUGGCAACUCUACUUCUGAAGCGCGUUUCUUUCGAUACGAGUGCGUAAUAAUCUAACGAAAUCACAAAUUCGAUAAGAUAGAGCCGUACUUCUUGUAUGAGGUGCGGGUUUUUAGAAAAUUGCCCAUGAAUUUAUAUUAAAAAAAACAUGAUUAGGGAAAGACAAUGGGAAACUCAUGGUGAAUGAGGAAAAGGGACGGAGGAAUUGACAAAUUGUCAAUAAGUUACUUAAUACUUUUAUAACAUGCUCGUAUGCUUUUUUCGCCUCAAUAAAAUCAAUCUCGUAUUGUUCCCAUGGUCA